CCCUUUCAGAUGCCCGAUCCAGCACACCGGUCAUAACUAUGUGGCUACAGGCGACGCUCCUCCUGCUCGCCUCGUGCGUUCCCUCGUCGCUCGCCAUUUACGCGGACGAGGUCAACCACGUCGAUUACCACCACGCGCUACUCGGCUUUCCCUCUGCCCAGUCCACCUUCUUCCUCAAGCCCUCCCCCUCCUCCAAUGCCUCCUUGCUGUACACGCUGUCUGAGAAGUCGCUUCUCGGCGCCGUGAACCCCAAAGACGGCUCCCUCGUCUGGAGACAGAAUCUCUCCCGCUCCGCGCUGCCCGCCGAUGGCAAUGCUCACACUCUCCUCCGUGCCUCCGAAGGCACAAAUGCUCUGGUCAGCGCCGCGGGCGACUACCUGUCAUCCUGGACCGCUCUGGAUGGCAAAUUGAUCUGGGAAAACUGGUUUGUGGAUGAAACUGUGGCCGAUCUGGAGCUCCUGGAGCUGGAGGAUGCCAGUGCUUCUCCGCCGACCAAAGACACAGUGGCGCUUUUCGGCGGGAAGGCAGCUGUCGUCAGGAGGCUGGAUGGGGAUUCCGGAAAGACCAAGUGGGAGCACUUGGAUGAAAGCGGUGACAUCCCGAUCCAGAUCUCGUCUUCCUCUACCGAGGUUUUCUACGUUUCCCUACAAUCAUCCGCGCGGAAAGGCUACAGGAUCAAGGUUACCUCUUUGGAUCCACUGACCGGUCAGCAAAACCAACAGCAGGUCCUCAGCUCGGAAAGCGACGUGUCGAGCGCCGACUCUGUUCUCUUCGUGGGCGCAAACACCGCAGCCCCGUUGAUCACCUGGGCGGAUCAAUCCCGGAAGGCCCUCAAGGUCAACGUGAUCGGAACGAAACAGGUACAUACCUUCGAUAUCGAGAACACGAGUGGGGAAAGCAUCAGCUCAAUCACUAUUCAUGCCCCUAAGAAGCUCGAGUCGCUGCCGCAUUUCCUGGUGCAUUACGAGACGGACUCCACUACAUGGGCUGAGGUUUACCACAUCGAUCUGAAGUCAGCCUCUGUGUCUAAGGCAUAUGAGCUGCCUCGCCUGGAGGGAUGGUCUGUCUUCUCGACGAGCAACAAGGACGCAAAUGUGUAUUUCACCCGCAUCACCCAGUCAGAGACUACGGUCGUCUCCUCUGCCUCCCAUGGAAUUCUUGGAAGAUGGACUCACCAGGCUCCUCCCAUGGAACAAGCGUUGCACUCUGUGUCGGAGGUUGUUGCCAGGGGUGAUACUGUCGCUGUCCGGUCGGCCGCUGCCCUGAUCUCUGGUGAUUGGCAGUUGAUCCGCAACGGUCAGACGGAAUGGACUAGGUACGAAGCGCUGGCAGGUGCACUGGCCGCUGCCUGGGUUGAAGAGGACAUCCAAGAAGAUCUGGCGCAUCAACUCCAAGUUGAAGGCCACGAGACCCUCUAUGGUGCCUACAUGCAUCGUGUCAAGCGCCACGCUAGAGACCUCCAACAUCUUCCGGAGUGGCUGAAGGAGCUGCCUAAGCGCAUUCUCACUAGUAUUCUGACGGACGAGGUCUCCAACCUCGAUGGAUUCGGAAUUGUCAGGCCCGUUGUCGUUGCUACGGAGAACGGGAGAGUCUACUCCCUUGAUGCCGGCAACCACGGCGCCGUGUCUUGGAAGGUCAAGGCGGCCGAAACUGAGUCGUGGAAUGUCAAAGCGAUCCUGACCCAGCCAGGCUCCGCGACCAUCUACGUGGAUGACGGCAGCUCCGUGACUCUGGAUGUCACGUCUGGUGAGGUCCUCAACCGCUCUCCCGCUACCGUGAAGAUUCGCUCUGUUGCCGUCGCCAGCGAUGGCACUACUCCGGUCACCGUCGGAAUCCAGGAGAACGGCGUGCCUACGGAGUCCGUCGAUGGCCAAGGGUUCUUUGUGACCCUCAGCGAUGACGGUAGUGUCCUUGGAUGGUUCGCCAGAGACAACCAGAACCCUGCCUGGCAGUUCCGCCCUGCCCCAGGCGAGAAGAUCAUCCACGCCACCGCGCGCCCCCCUCAUGACCCCAUCGCCUCUAUCGGCAAGGUCCUCGGCGACCGGUCUGUCCUUUACAAGUACAUCAGCCCCAACCUCGCCCUCAUCACCGCCGUGGGAGACAACUCGGCCACGUUCUAUCUCCUCGACGCCAUCUCCGGGCGGAUCCUCCACACCAGCGCCCACCAGGGAGUCGACACCACCCAGCCCAUUGCCUCCGUCAUCUCCGAGAACUGGUUCGCCUACUCCUUCUGGGGCGACGUCGUCGACCCCACCGACGCUAAGGGCUACCAGCUCGUGAUCUCAGAGCUCUACGAAUCAUCCAUCCCCAACGAUCGCGGCCCGCUCGACUCCGCAUCCAACUACUCCAGCAUCACGGACCUCCCCCUCCCCCAUGUCAUCGCCCAAGCCUUCCUCAUCCCCGAGCCCAUUUCCCACAUGGCCGUCACCCAGACCCGCCAAGGCAUCACCGUCCGUCACCUCCUCUGCACCCUCCCUUUCUCCAACGCCAUCGUCGGCAUCCCCCGUCCUGUUCUCGACGCCCGCCGCCCCGUCGGCCGCGACCCGACCUCCCUCGAGGCCGAAGAAGGUCUCUUCAAGUACAACCCCUUUCUCCAGUUCGAAGGCAAAUGGUUCCUCACCCACUCCCGCGACGUUGCCGGCAUCAAAACUGUUCUCUCCACCCCAACUCUCUUGGAAAGUACGAGUCUGAUCUUCGCCUUUGGCGGAGAUAUCUUUGCUACCAGAGCAACCCCUAGCCAGUCAUUCGAUGUGCUGGGCAAGGGUUUCUCUAAGCUGCAGUUGCUCAUGACUAUCGUUGCGUUGAGUAUCGGUGUGGCUGUUUUGGCUCCGAUGGUCCGGAAAAAGCAAAUCAACCAAAUCUGGAAAGCUUCUUCAUGAAUGGGACAAUCACAGGACGGGUGUAUUAUAUGUUGGAGAGAAUGUCUUGGGAUUGGAAUACUUACUACCUAGAAGAUCCUUUUCAUCUAGAUAUAUGACGUGAAGACGUGAUACAAUAUAAUGUUCAAUAUUGCUGUUUUUAUUUUUUUUUCUUAUCUUUUU